CGCCGUUAUUUGUGUCUUCUUCUACGUUUUCUCUUAAAAAAAAAAAGAAAAGAAUACUAAUAAAAAAAAAAAACUUGGUUUUCUUCAACUGAUGAAAGAUUUCAACCGAGAACGAAACUUCCUCGCUCGCGCUCUAUUAACAUCUGAGAUCUAGGGAUUCUAUUUCACAUCGACAUCCAGAUCACGAAUCUCGUCCGCUUAACUAUUCUAUCAAUUGAAAUCACACUUAAGACUUCUUCUCUGUCUUCAGCAGAUCAUCAGAAGAAGAAGAUAUAGAAACCUCAAAGUCGUUGUUGUUUCUUACUCGGUUUAUGCUUUGGUUUUUGGUUUCUGCAGCUUGUUCGAUUCUUCUUCUCGUUGACUGCGAGGUUGCAGCAGAACCCGACGCUGUAGUUUAUCCUUGGUCCAUGUUUUGGUAGCACGAGGGUAUGAGUCACUGCACAGUUCCGGCUCUUAUUGAAGCACAAGUUGAAAUGGGGUCGGUUAAUGAACUUGAGCACAAAAGCCUAUUUAAACGAGAAGAAGAUGCCACACAAACUAAAGCAGCUUCAUUGAUGGAGCAGGGAUCACUUUCUCCAAAUUUCCGUGAACACACAGCUAAAUCACCAAAGAACAGCGUGCUAAAGAGCAUCAAGAUCGUGAUUUUAUCUAAUAAACUCAAUCUAUUGUUACCUUUUGGUCCUCUAGCUAUAUUGGUCCACUACAUGAUAGAUAGUAAGGGUUGGGUCUUCUUGCUGAGCUUAGUAGGCAUUACACCACUGGCUGAACGUCUGGGAUAUGCCACAGAGCAACUGGCUUUUUACACGGGCCCGACUGUUGGAGGCCUCCUAAAUGCUACAUUCGGGAAUGUGACAGAACUGAUCAUAUCGAUAUUCGCUUUGAAAAAUGGAAUGAUACGUGUUGUCCAGCUGACUUUAUUAGGAUCAAUUCUGUCUAACAUGUUGCUUGUACUUGGCUGCGCUUUCUUCUGCGGUGGGCUAGUAUUUUACCAGAAAGACCAAGUCUUUGACAAAGGAAUUGCAGUUGUGAAUUCAGGAUUGCUUCUGAUGGCUGUCAUGGGGAUACUCUUCCCGGCUGUUCUUCACUACACGCAUAGUGAGGUUCAUGCGGGAUCAUCAGAGCUGGCCCUGUCAAGGUUCAGCAGUUGCAUAAUGCUUAUAGCCUAUGCCGCUUACCUCUUCUUCCAGUUAAAGAGCCAGUCUAAUUCUUAUAGCCCUCUUGAAGAGGAAACAAAUCAAAACGAAGAAACUUCUGCCGAAGACGAAGAUCCUGAGAUAUCCAAGUGGGAAGCUAUCAUAUGGCUCUCAAUUUUGACUGCUUGGGUCUCUCUUCUCUCUGGCUAUCUUGUUGAUGCCAUAGAGGGUGCCUCGGUCUCUUGGAACAUACCAAUAGCUUUUAUCAGUGUCAUCUUGCUUCCUAUUGUUGGGAAUGCAGCCGAGCAUGCAGGCGCUAUCAUGUUUGCCAUGAAAGACAAACUGGAUCUGUCCUUGGGAGUGGCUAUUGGUUCCUCUAUCCAGAUUUCCAUGUUUGCGGUCCCGUUCUGCGUGGUAAUUGGAUGGAUGAUGGGUGAACAGAUGGACCUCAACUUCCAGCUUUUUGAGACAGCGAUGCUGUUCAUAACCGUUAUAGUUGUAGCUUUUUUUCUCCAGGAAGGGACAUCGAAUUACUUCAAAGGAUUGAUGCUCAUUCUUUGUUAUUUGAUAGUAGCUGCCAGUUUCUUUGUACACGAAGAUCCUCAUCAAGAUGGUAUAUAAAUCCCGUGGACGAGUCUGGUGUGAAGCAAGUCGGGUCUUAAUCAAAAGCUGAUGAUCUCAGGAACACGAAGUGUUGGGGGAGAGAUGUUAAAGAUUUAAAACCUGAUUCCAAUUUGGUUUCCACAAAAACUCUAAUCUGUUAACGUUUUUGAAAGUUUUGUUCGAACAAGUGAAGGUUAUACCUUUUGGCUUUCCCUCCCCAGAAAAAAAAUGAAUACUCUUAGCAACUUAGAAAGGUUACAAGUUUUGUUAAACUACAAUGAUGUUUAUGAAAAGAUUGAAGAUUCGUUCUUGUGUGAUACAGUUAAUGAUGGUCAUUGCUGGAAA